AUGGUCGGUCGAUCCCUCUUGGCGGCGUCCUGUCUGGGUGCUUUCACGCAUGCUCCCCUGUGGAUCUCCGCUGCUGCAGCACGUUGGGAUGAAGGGAUGCAAAGAUCAGAAUGUAGAACCAGUGCCAGCAAUUUUUCUUCGUCCAGCACUCGUCCAUGUCGAGCACUCCAACUGCGGUCACUAGGUUCAACACCAUCACAAGAGCCUUCAUCAAGAAGCGUGAGAUACGCCAGGGACACGCUCAGGUUUGCGUUCGAGGGGGAUAUUGAAAUGCCAUCCUACAUGGACUUCAAGACGCUGCUUUGUCAAAUGGACUACUUUUACACAAUGUUUUUGCAGGAGGGCAAGCCAGAGGACUCAUUUACGGAUGUCAAGUUGGAAGUAUUAGACUGGUCUUUUGGUGGCAAUGAGAAAGACUUUCCAAUCGUUAUAUCCUUCAUUGCCAAUGCUACGGAUGAGACUGGGAAGGUUUUAGAUCCACAGGACAUGAAUGAAAAACUGUCCAGUCGGGGCUUCUUCCUGAAAAAGUAUGCACAACAGGCAUGGCCGGAAGGGCAGAACCAGUUUCAUAACACUGACGUAGUUACCAUAGAGACGGACGAAUGGACCAAGGGACAAGUGCAGCAAGCAGAUUUUAAGUUCUCGUCGGUCAAAUGCCCGGAACGUGGCAAUUUCUUCGCCAACAUAUCCUUUGGUUUCUUCGAUGGGGAGGAAAGUGAACCGACACAACAAGAGGUUCAUGAUUUAGAGGAACUGACUCGUGACUUUAUGGGUAAAGUCUUGCAAGAAGAGUUGAAAACAGACAACGUGGACAUUGAAUUUGCCGUUGUCGAUUGGGAGUACGAUGCGAACGGGACUACCAUCUUUCCCUUGAAUGUUUCGUUUCAAGUAAGAGGGUUCUUUGACGAUGGCGCCGAAAUCCCACUGAACAUCCUCAAGUAUCACCUGGCAAGACGGACCGCAGAUGGGGGGCAACUCAUGCAACAUUUUAUCAAGCAGGCAGUUUGGGAGACUCCACCCCAAAAGCAAAGUGCGUUCUACAGCGUCAACAAAGCCCAAAUGGAAAGCAAGAUUCACUUCCUGACAUCACAGGAACUAAAAUCUACCACCAUCUUUAGUGAUGCCCUUAUUGAAGACGACGAUUCAUCGGACCCCGAGGAUCUGCCAAUCGAUCUUACAGAAGCCACAGUAUCUCCGACUGCGUCACCUACAUCGGCUCCAACAGAUGCUCCGACGACUUCCCCAGCAGCCGCACCCUCCAGUGCUGCUAACCCGGCCAGCGCAGGUUUUCCGACGGCUCCUUCAACCGGCGGUAGACUCGGUGGUGACGUUGACCUGGGAAAUCCCUCAGAUACCACUGCCGACGACUCAGGGGACACCAGCGGCAUAGGUCCCUCAAUGAACAUUCCAGGGGCAGGAGCGGGGAUGCCACCUCCCAAUGCAGAUGGCGACACUACCACGGCUGACAGACCAGGAAGUGGUCCCAACGAUCGUCCUGGUGGCUCAAGCACUCCUUUGGGACCACAAGGUCAGUUCGGUUCCCUUAUCCCCGGAGCUGUCUUGCGCCCUGACCAAAAUGACGAAUACAUGUGUGAGCGUAUCCUGGCACAAGUUGACGCAAAUGAAGACAAGCAUCUCAAUAAGGAAGAGUUCGUAGAAUUUAUCAACAAAUUGACGCUGACGAGCUUUCCCUCCUAUCCCUUUGAAGCCCUCCCUAGCCAAAUCAAGAAUGCUUACAACGCUCUGGCAACAACGGAUGGGCCUGCAGGAGGAUACAUCAUGUCCACCUCCGCAUUCCACUCGGAGAAUCCAAUAGAUGAACUAGUUCAAGACGCAAUUCGAAAGAACAUCAUCUGUCGGGCAGUCCAUCAGGCCAUUGGGGAAGCCGAAGCCGAAGAACCUACUCGAGGUCCAGCUAUCUUGGCUCCUGCCACUGUUGAGUUCAUGGCAUCUUGCCAAGGUGACGACUGUGGCGUUACAAACAACGCUAGGCUGCUGCAGGCAUCCAACAACACGUCGUCGUCCAACGGUGUGGCGACCUUGCAACAAGCUUUCCGAAACUACUUGGAAACAGAUAUUCAACCAAUAUUUGAUGUUCAGCACAAAGGAGAAGGUGGCCAAAACGUAUCAUCUUACAUGGCGCCAGAAAGUGCCAACAUCACGGCGUUGGAUUCGAUAGAUUGCCCUCGACAUGAAGGAGACCCAGGAAAUGACAAUGUCAAGUGCUUUGUAGCCACCGGGGCGUUCAAAGUAUUGUGUGAAGGGGACGAUCUCCAGCAUUGUCAAGGCAUCAUUGACGAGGCGGAGGGGAUGGCGCUUCAAGGCAUUGGCGCUGGAUUGCUGAAAGAAUCGCUGGAUCUCAUGAGCCUGAAAGGAACUGAAUCACCCUGGCAAGUAUACCGGAACCUUGAUGUCACAUUGAGCAUGCACCCAAGCUCGAGUCCCACAGAUAGACCUUCCUUGGUCCCCACAACAGCUCCAACAUUGUUACGCCAAGCCAGGGGCAAUCUACCGACGAUGGCACCAACAAACAAACGCAUCCCAACGGAACGCCCUACCGCCAUGCCAUCGGAAGCCCCGUCGUCUGUCCCCAGCAGUGCCCCUUCACAGCGAGAAGCAACUUUCUGGGAAAACGCUUUGUUCAUCGAUGGAGCAGGUCUUGGUUUGGCCGCGGGCGCUUCGAUUGCCGCUAUGAUCGCACUCCAGUUCUUUCGAGAGCUCUUGGUGGAUAUCGCGAUAAAAAUUAUUAAAUGCCUCUUCUGCUGGCGCAGUGAUCCAGUGGAUGAUGACGAGUCAGAGGAUGAACAGAGCAAUGGAGAUCAUGACAAGGAGGGAACGGAGAACGACGAAGACCGUGGAGGGGAAGGUGCAGAAGAGGAAGAUGAAGAAGAGGAAGAUGAGUCCGGGUCGGGCGAAGACAAGGAGCCUGGGAUAGCUCGUGUGUAA